ACAUAAAAAAUCAUGUUUUACCAUUGUAUUUACUUGUUUAGUUGAUGAGACUAAAUUGCCUCCAGUUAUUAUUUUUAAAUUAGUCAAUAUUCCACAGCAAGUAUUUCCUGCUGGAGUUUUUGUGUGUACAAAUCCUAAAGAAUGGAUGAACGAAGAUGAGAUGUUAUGGUGA